GGCGGCUGCCGCUGGUGCGGCAAAGGGGCUCGACCAGGCCGGGCUUGGGCCGUUGGAGGCUUGUCUGAGUUUUGAAUCCAGACUUGAAGCUUAAAAACGGACAAAACAAGCAUUGAUUAAAAGUGCUUAAUGGACAGAGAAUGUCAGCAGUAUGGAUGAGGCAGAAAUCAACACUGAGAUCAUUGGUGCUAAAGGACUGCUAGAUGACAGUAAUUUCAUCUCUGAGAAGUGUGGCAUUCCCAAAUUAGAAGAGAGUGAAACAUCAUUUCAGAAUAAUACAUUGACUUUGCCUGAAGAUCUAUCAACAGACAAGUCUGAAAACGCCUUAAGUGGGGGCCAAACAUCUAUAUUUAUACAUACUGGGGCUCCUGCUGUUUCUAGUGAAAAUUUUGUUCUGCCUACAGAAACUUCUGUUAAUGGACCACACUCCAGUUUAACUAAGAUUUCCAUUAUGAAACAAGGCAGCAUUUCAUUAACUAAUGCACAAGCUUUGGGCCAUCAAACAGAUUCUUCAUCAUCUGUCACAGUGGUACCUGAUCUUCAACUUCCUACAAAACCAUCGACCCAAAAUUCAAGUCCGGUUUUGUUCUUGUUACCUGAAGCAGCACAUGCUAAGAACCUAUCACAUUCCAUGAAAAAUCUACCUCCCUCUGCUUCAGUUGCUUGUGACGUAGAGCCAUCAAUAGGAAAAAGCAUAAAAUCAGAUAGCACUUUAGUAAGCCAAGUAGAUGUGAGUGAGGAUAGCAAAAAUUUACUAGGAAAAGAUGAUGGUAGCAAAUCACUAACAGGGAUUUCCUCAGCUGCAGGUGACUUCAGAUCAGAAAGUGAUGUAAGCUGGGAUCCACAGAAAGAAUACAUAGAAUUCCUUAUGACAAAUGAAGAAACUGUAGAAGAGCCACCAAUUCAACCUAAAGUUGGCAUACAGAAAAGGAGAAAAAGAAAGAUGGACGUUAGCAAAAUAACUCGCUAUACUGAGGACUGUUUUAACGAAUCCAAUUAUAUUCCUGACAAUUCUGAAUCAGUAGAUAUUGAGUUUUUGGAGCAGAGUGAGAAUGUACAAAUAAUAGAAUCACAAAAAUAUUCAUUAGCCAGAGUAAAGCCUGAAUCUACAGAUGAGGAAUUGGAAGUUGUGGAUGCCAUCCAGCAACUGAUUUAUAAUCCAAGUAAUAAGUGUGCAGAUGAUAUUUCCCCUGUUCACAGUAGCACUUUCCUUUCUAAUACUUUAUUGAACAAAUGUGAACAAGAUGACUUGGAAUCACCAUCUAACUUCAUUUCUGAUGAGCCAUCUUUUUAUCCCUGUACAAAGUGCAAUGUGAAUUUUAGGGAAAAGAAGCAUCUGCACAGGCACAUGAUGUAUCACUUGGAUGGCAACAGACACUUUCGUCAUUUAAAUGUUUCGAGGCCUUAUGCAUGUAGGGAAUGUGGCCGGACUUUUAGAGAUCGCAAUUCCCUUCUUAAACAUAUGAUAAUUCAUCAGGAAAGAAGGCAGAAAUUGAUGGAGGAAAUUCGUGAAUUAAAAGAACUUCAGGAUGAGGGUAGGAGUGCACGGUUACAGUGUCCACAAUGUGUGUUUGGUACCAAUUGUCCCAAAACCUUUGUGCAGCAUGCUAAAACCCAUGAAAAAGAUAAAAGAUACUACUGUUGUGAAGAAUGUAACUUUAUGGCUGUGACAGAGAAUGAACUUGAAUGCCAUCGAGGGCUUGCUCAUGGGGCAGUAGUGAAAUGUGCAAUGAUCACUACAGACAUUACCCAGAGAAAAACACACAAAAAGGCAUUAGUGAAAGAUUCCUAUAUGGAGUCCUCAAAAAAGACAGUUGACUAUAUGUGUAAAAUGUGUCCUUUUACUACGUCAGCCCGAAGCAUUUUAAAAAAACAUGUGGAAUAUUUGCACCCAUCAGCUUGCAUGGAUCCCUUUGGUAGUCGCCUUAGACUAGAUAAAAGAAAAAGGCUCGGUAUAGAAGAAGCUCUACAUUUUGGUAGCAGGACUAAACAUUUAAUCAAGCAAGCAUCUGCCUUUCCAAAGACUUCGGUUUUAAAACAAGAUCUGAAACGACCAUUUGGCUCUGCAUUCCAGAUGAGUCACUUUGCAAAACUCCACAAGAGACCCUCCAGGAUACAGAAGGCUCGGAAAAGCGUUGCACAGUCAGCUAAACUUGCUGGGAAAAAAGACAGCUAUGAAACGGACGAUGAAAGUUCAUGGGAUAAUGUUGAACUGUGUGAUUACACUACACGGUCUGUGGAGGAUGGCUCUUACAGUGAUAUUAAUCAGGACCAUGUAAACCUGUUCCCUUUAUUUAAAGGUAAAAUGGAAGAAGAAGGUGGUGGUAAAUCGUCUCUUAGAUAUGAACAAAAUGAUGGAUUUUAUUUUGAAUAUUAUGAAGAUGGCGAAAGUAACAAUUAUCUGCAUGAUUUCCAAGAUCAUCAUCAUUUGGAAAACAUAGGUACAACAUUGCCAAAGCAUAAUUCCGUUUUUCACUGGACUGAUUUAUCACUUGAGAAAAAAAACUGUCCAUACUGUCCAGCAACUUUUGAAACUGGUGUUGGAUUAUCUAAUCAUGUCCGUGGACAUCUUCACAGAGCUGGGUUAAGUUAUGAGGCACGCCAUGUUGUCUCACCUGAGCAAAUAGCUACAAGUGACAAAAUGCAGCAUUUCAAAAGAACUGUGACGGGAACUCCAGUGAAGCGAGUUAGAAAAGCAAUUGAGAAAUCUGAAAGUUCUACAGAACACACAUGCCAGCUCUGCGGAGGUUGGUUUGACACUAAAAUUGGAUUAUCUAAUCAUGUGCGAGGACACCUAAAAAGGCUUGGUAAAACCAAAUGGGAUGCGCAUAAAUCUCCAAUCUGUGUUCUAAAUGAAAUGAUGCAAAAUGAAGAAAAAUAUGAAAAAAUCCUUAAGGCAUUGAACAGUCGUCGUGUUAUUCCCAGACCAUUUGUUGCUCAGAAAAUUUCAUCAGAUGAUGACUUUUUGUCUCAAAAUGUUUUACCUCUUGAAGCAUACCGCAAUGGCCUAAAGACUGAAGAUAUAUCGGUGUCUGCAUCAGAGGAAGAAAGGCUGAAUUGCCUCAAUGAAUGUGAUGAAGCAAAAUCAUUAUUGCAUGAUGAAAAAAAAAACCAGUCACUUACACUGAUAGAACUCUUGAAAAAUAAACGGAUGGGAGAAGAAAGAAAUUUUGAUAUCUCUCCUCAAAAGAUUCAUAAUCAAACCGCAAGAAAGAGGUUUGUUCAAAAAUGUGUUCUUCCAUUAGAUGAAGAUGGUCCUUUGAUGUAUCACCCACAAAAAAUGGAUUUGACUAUGCAGUCAGGUCUGGCUGAAGACUUUUGUGAGACUUCUAAACAUCAGCAGAAUGGAGUCCAUCUGGAUUUUGUGGGGGGGACCUCAUUCCAGAGGGCAGGCAUUGCUACAGAAAAUAUGAAAGCCAUAGAUUGUAAGCAAAAAAAAUCAAGAUCAAGAUCUGGAAGCAAGAAAAAAAUUCUACCAUUACCUCAUGGUGCUGAUGAAGUUUACAUACUCCGGUGCAGGUUUUGUGGUCUAGUAUUUCGAGGACCCUUAUCUGUUCAAGAAGAUUGGAUAAAGCACCUUCAACGCCACAUUGUCAACGCAAAUCUUCCUCGGACUGGGGCUGGCAUGGUGGAAGUGACAUCACUGCUUAAAAAACCUGCCUCAAUCACUGAAACUUCAUUUUCUUUCCUGAUGGCUGAAGCAGCUUCAUAGAGUACGGAAACACUUCAUAUUGCAUUGGAUGUACAUUUGAAAUCCUUUUGUUAAUUUUUUUAAAGUUAAAUUAUCUGUUUAUAAAAUUUGAAGCAAGAAAAUGGGAGUGGGAGGAGAAUGACAGUUAACAUCCAAACAAUUGAGUACUUAACACAGUUACCGUAAGUAGUCUUUAUAUUUUAUAUAGGGUGGAAGAUGUAUUUUUAAAGUUUACUAUGUUUUUGGGUCAAUUACUGUGUUCACUAUUGAUACAAACCCAUCACAUGUAAGAAGAUGUUUUUAAAUUGUUGCACAUGGGAUCUUAAGAUACGUUUUAUGAAAUGAAAGCAUUCUUUACAGUGUUACCAGAAUCAAUGCUUUGUUUAAAAAAAAAACUUGCUUAGUAAAAUAUUUUAUUUUGUUUGUAUGUAUGUAGUGUUUUGUACAAUACCAAGAAAUGCUAAUGCAAUUUAUUAAAUUUAGGGCAUUAAAAAUCAUGUACUUCAUAGAUCAGGAGACUGUUCCAUUCAAAUAGGGCAAUUAGUACUAUUUAGCUGUGUAUGUGUUUUUUAAUCACACGAGACUUUUUUACUAAAAGUGGAGGGAAACUUGUUAAACAAAUUUCUAAAACCUAUGUACAUAAUACUGGAAAUUAUUUGUGGUAAGGAAAGAUUCUUUACUUCACUUGCAUUUCUCACUGACAAUAAAAUGGUGCAUCCAUGCUACCUCCAACUUUGUCAGCAGUAAUGGUAUUUACCCUUUCCAUUUGUAGCAUCACAUACUUACUCAUGGUUGUUUUUUUUAUUGUAGAACAUGCUAAUGACAUUGUUCCUUUAUGCUUUGCUUAAAAGUAUGUUGCUUAUACAAGUCCUUUUGUUGCCUUUUAUUUAAUACUAUAGAAAUGUAUUAAAAGCAUUGCUCACUACAUGGCUUAGGUUAAACUAGCCUUUUUUGCAGUUGUUUUUAAAUAAAUCAUAAUAUCAUUGGACAUAAAUAGAAAAGUUUCCACAUAUGAAGAGAAUGUUUACAAUUUGAAUUUUAGAAUUUGUUUUGGGUGUAAUUAUAUGUAUGAAAACUGUAACACUAUGCUCAUGCUAAGGACCUAUUUACAGAAUUAUUAAAAUAAAUGUGCUGUGAGGAUAGAAAAAUAUGGUGCAAGUGUCUUGAUCAAAAUUAAUAUUGGCUGUUGACAAAAAUGUCACUUUUCAGCAGAUAAGCAAAUUCCUCUUUGAAAACUGGUUCUGUAAUGCAAGUAAUGUUUCCUUUUAUUCAUGUAGGGUGAUUAAUACUGUAGUUAAGCCAAGGAAAUGCAUUGAUAUUGUUUUGCGUGUAAAUAAAAUUAUAAAACAGU